AUGGGUCCUCAGAUCCACAAAAGGUUCUACAGCUGCACCAUCGAGAGCCUCCUGACGGUUUGCAUCAUCCCCUGGUAUGGCAACUGCUCGGCCCCGGACCGCAAGGCACUACAGAGGGUAGUGCGAACGGCCCAGCACAUCACUGGCGCCAAGCUUACUGCCAACCAGGACCUAUUUACCAGGCGGUGUCAGACGAAGCCAGACAGUCAGCAACAAGCCACCAGCCAGCCAACCAGCAAGCCAGCCAUCCAGCCACCAGCCACUAGCCAGCCACCAACCAGCCUGCCAGCCAGUCAGCCAUCAGCAAGCCAGCCGCCAGCCAUCCAGACACCAGCCACCAACCAGCCUGCCAGCCAGCCAGCAACAAGCCACCAGCCAGCCAGCCAGCAAGCCAGCCACCAGCCAUCCACCAGCCAGCCAGUCAGACAGUCAGCCAUCCAGACACCAGCCAACAGCCAGCCAGUACGUCACCAGCCACCAGCAAGCCAGCCUCCAGCCAGCCAGUUGCCAGCCAGCCAGCCACUAGCCACCAGCCAGCCAGCCAGCAGCGAGCCAUUCACCAGCCAGCCACCAGCGACCAGCCAGCCAGCUUGGCCACCAGCCUGCAACCAGCCAGCCACCAGCCUGCCACCAGCCACCAGCCAGCCAGACAGUCAGCAGCCAGCCAUUCACCAGUCAUCCACCAGCCACCAACCUGCCAGUAGCCAUCCAGCCAGCCAGCCACCAGCCACCAGCCAGCCAGUCAGCCACCAGCCACCAGCCAGACACCAGCCCACCAGCCAUCCAGCCACCAGCCACCAGCCAGCCAGUCAGCCACCAGCAAGCCAGCAACCAGCCAGCCAGAGAGACCGUCAGCAGCCAGCCAUUCACCAGCCAACCACCAGCCACAAAAGUGCCACCAGCCAGACACCAGCCAGCCAGUCAGCCACAAGCAAGCCAGCAACCAGCCAGCAGCCAGCCAGCCACCAGCAAGCAGCCUGCCAGCCACCAGCCAGUUACCAGCCUGUCGGCCAGCGUUCCAUCCACCAGCCAGCCGGCCAGCCAGCCACCAGCCGGCCAGCCAGCCAGCCACCAGCCAGCCAGCCAGCCAGCAACCAGCCACCAGCCAGCCAUUCAUCAGCCAGCCACCAGCCACCAGCCUGCCACCAGCCAGCAGCAGCCAGCAGCCAGCAGCCAGCCAGCCACCAGCCGACCACCAGCCACCAGCCGACCACCAGCCAGCCACGAUCCAGGUACCAGCCUGCCGUCCAGCCUUCCGGCAACCAGAAAGCCACCAGCCAACCAGCCAGCAAGCAGCCAGCCAGCCAGCCUACCAGCCUGCCUGUCUGCCAGCCAGCCAGCCACCAGCCAGCCACCAACCAGCCACUAGCAAACCAGCCUCCAGCCAGCCAGCCAGAAACCAGCCAGCCACCAGCAAAGCCAGGCUCCAGCCAGCCAUCCACUAGCCAGCCAGCCAGCCACCAACCUGCCACCAGCCACUCAGCCAGCCAGCCACCAGCCAGACACCAGCCACCAGCCAGCCAGUCAGCCACCAGCAAGCCAGCAACCAGCCAUCCAACCAGCCAGCAGCCAGCCAGCCACCAGCCAGCAGCCUACCACCAGCCAGCCACGAUCCAGGUAACCAGCAUGCCGGCCAGCCUUCCGGCCGCCAGAAAGCCACCAGCUAGCCAGCCAGCCACCCGCCAGCCAGCCAGCCAGCCAGCCACCAGCCAACCAGCCUGCCAGCCAGCCACCAGCCAGCCACCAACCAGCCACCAGCAAACCAGCCUCCAGCCAGCCAGAAACCAUCCAGCCACCAGCAAGCCAGGCUCCAGCCAGCGAACAAGCCACCAGCCAGCCAGCCUGCCACCAGCCAGCCAGCCACCAGCCUGCCAGCCAGCAAUCCAGACACCAGCCACCAGCAAGCCAGCAACCAGCCAGUCAGCCAGCAGCCAGCCAUUAGCCUCCAACCUGCCACCAACCUGCCAGCCAGCCAGCAGCCAGCACCAGCCAGUUACCAGCCAGCCACCAGCCACCAGCCAGCCAGCAACCAGCCAGUAA